UAAGACGCUUUUUGUCCAUGGCUCCAGUUGCGUCUUCAAAACACUUCGACUACCUGAUAAUCGGGGCUGGAUCCGGGGGCAUAGCCAGUGCCAAGAAAGCUGCUUCUUUCGGAGCCAAAGUUGCAGUUAUCGAAAGCGGACCAAUUGGCGGCACAUGUGUAAAUGUAGGAUGUGUUCCGAAAAAGAUCAUGUUCUGCGCUGCCUCAAUCAAAGAAGUGUUGGACCACGAUGCAAGAGCAAAUUAUGGCUUCGAUUUCAAUGAGCCGACAUUUAAUUGGCCUAAACUGAAGCAAGCGAGAGAUGCAUAUAUCAAACGACUGAAUGGUCUGUACAUAUCGGGACUAGACAAGGUAGAUGUCACUACUAUUUUGGGGUCAGCCAAGUUUAAAAGUGCGACUGAAGUUGAAGUCGAGGGUACCCAUGCUGGAGUUUAUUCUGCAGAAAGGAUCUUAAUUGCAUGCGGGGGUCGACCAAAGACACUUGGAAUUCCUGGCGAGGAACUGGCUAUUGACAGUGAUGGAUUUUUUCUUCUUGAAGAGCUGCCAAAAAGCUGUUGUGUGAUCGGUGCUGGGUACAUUGCAGUUGAGAUGGCAGGGAUUCUGAAUGCUUUAGGGUGUGAAACGACACUGGUGAUUAGGAAAGAGAAGGUGUUGAGAUCGUUUGAUGAGACAAUCAGUGAGAUUUUAACUGAAGAAAUAAAAAGCAGUGGUAUUAAGUUGGUGACCAAUGCGACGCCUAAGAAAUUAUUCAAGAAUGGCGAUGGAUCUCUCGGCGUUGAAACUGCGGCAGGAACCCUGGAUAAUUUUCAAGUUGUUCUCAAUGCCAUCGGCAGAAUUCCAAACACUGACCGACUUUCUCUUGACAAGUGUGGUGUGGCAGUGGACAAAGAUCAGCACGUGAUAGUGGACGAAUACCAGCGUACCAACGUGGACUCCAUCUUCUCUCUGGGUGAUUGUACUGGCAAGUGGCUCCUCACGCCAGUCGCCAUCGCAGCCGGAAGGAGGCUCUCGCGCCGACUGUACAACAAAGAGACAGACUUGAAAUUAGAAUACCACAACAUUCCAACAGUGGUGUUCAGCCACCCUCCUAUUGGCACAGUGGGCUACACGGAACAGGAGGCAGUGGAUCUGUUUGGGAGGGACAAUCUCAAGAUAUACAAGACCACCUUCACCAACAUGUACUUCGCGAUGAGUGAGAGGAAACAGAAGACCACUAUGAAACUCAUCUGUUUGAAGACACAGAAUGAAAAGGUCAUUGGGCUGCACAUGAUUGGUCUGAAUUGUGACGAGAUGCUGCAGGGAUUCUCAGUGGCUGUGAAGAUGGGUGCCACUAAGGCACAGUUUGACGACACAGUCGCUCUCCAUCCCACUGCCUCUGAGGAGUUGGUCACGAUGACCUAAUUGGGUUAUGAAGGCCCAAGUGUAGGAAAAGAGUUUAUUAAUGUAAAUGCUCAAUUGUGAUAUAAGAACAAGCACUGAAAACUUUUGCUGAAUUAAGUCUUGCCUAUUGAUGUGAGUUCUCAAUUUGUUGAAGUCAAUAUUGUUGUUUUUGAAUCUUCAUUAGGUGCAUCCAUAUCAAAAAACCUACAAUUUUUUUCCGGAAAUCUGUUGUAUCUUCAAAUUUAUGCUGUUAGUUUUUAACUUAUCACGAAGAAACUUAUAUAGUGCAUGUUGAUUUUGUCGUCUUAAAAUUUUUUCAGGUUUCAAUUUGA